GAUAAACUGAACUAUGCCUCAACACACAUGGUUAGUGAUUGGUGGAUCAGUUAUACUUCCAAACAUUGGUGGAUUUCUUGGAGGUUUUAUCACUAGAUCCCAGAUUAAAGACUGGUUUGACAAAGGUAUUUAUAACACUAUAAAUGAACAGUUCUUAUACUAGGCAGUUUGUUGUACAUGUAACUCAAACUUAAGGAGCUGUGUCACAGAAUUCAAAAUUCAAACGGAGGGAAAUGCAAACUCAAUUGGGUGAAACAUAAAACUAACCACCCAAAACAUGAAAAGAAGGUAUAAAUAACACAACAAAUACAAAAGGAGGAACAGGUGGACAAACUUGAAGAAGACUGUUAAGAUUGCAGUUGUGGCUUUUGAAAACUUGUCAGCCUAUUACAGUCAACUCUCGCCUUGCAGACACCCCACUAUAACGGACACCCCGAUAAUACAGACAGCAGUUAAAUCCCUGGCCGAAACAAAUAACAGACGUUUGACUGAAUAAGCUCUCGUUAUUACGAACUCUCGCUAAUGAGGACACUAACUCAAGCUCCCUACAGUGUCCGCUAUCAAGAUAGUUGACUGUAACCGGUUUGAUAUAGUGCUUGGGAAAAAUGUCUUUGACACAAAGCUGUAAUUUUGCCAUUGACAAGUUAUUUCUCAAGUUCCAUAGCUAAUUUUAGGAUGUGUAUGCCUAAUUGGCAUUUGUCAAAUCAGUGAAUAGCAAUUUUUGCAUGUUUUGAUUGGCCCCAUAACCCAGAAUAUCCUUGGCUAUUCACUGUUUUGUGUCAGGAGCCAAGAUGGCGUCUCGUCUUGAGACAUUUUCAAAAGACAAAAUUAAUUAUGUGUGAUGAAUGAAGCAGUCAUACAAACAAAUAUCAAGAAAGCGACGAACUUUGGCUUGUGAUUGUUUACUGGUAGGUAGAAAAUUAUUUUCAUGCUGAAUGAAAUGUUUGUAAAUUGUAAACAAACAAACGCGAGGUUUUAAUUUUCAAAGAGUUCCUUUUUUCCCAACUAAUUUGGUAAAUACUCAAACAACUAUCCCCCUCAAGGUCGGUGGACAGCGCUAGAUAUAUACUUUGUCCUUUCGACUGUCGGUAUCACCACCAUUUACUUGUACCUCCUCUUUGGGGGAUAGUUGUAUAUUAUUAACAAAAUGAGCCAGACAACAGUGACACGGCCUCUUUAACUCAAAUUCAACUCUACAGCUGUAAAUCAAAUCAAACUCGAUAAAUACACUGUAAAUGAUCUCUUAUUGGACACAAAAUCUGUAAUAUCCUCAUUUAAGACUUGAAGAAGCCUUCCUGGAGACCACCCAACUGGCUGUUUGGUCCUAUGUGGACAAGCUUGUACUCAGGCAUGGGAUAUGCCUCAUAUCUUGUGUGGCGGGAUGGUGGUGGAUUUGAUGGUGAUGCAAAAACAGCUCUAGCUCUUUAUGGAACAAACCUAGCAUUGAACUGGCUCUGGACACCGAUUUUCUUUGGCUCCCAUAAGCUAGGAUUGGUAAGAAAGAAUUAAUUUUCAUGGAAUUUUAUAAACUUAUCACCCAGGGUCAAUUUUGGGAUUAGUAAAUAUACUAACUGUCUUUGCUUUUGAAAAAUGAAGCUGCAGCUUCCAAUACUGACCCACUUUGACCGUAUUAUUCAAAUCCAUACUUGGGUUCAACACUGAGGCCGGGCUUAAAAAAAAGGAAUCUCAUUGAGCUUGAGGAAUGAAUAAAUCAUUUCUUUGCUUUAUUCCCCUCUGCCUUUUAACCCAGUAUAAAUUUGGAUGACAUCAUAUUUUUCUUAUUUUUCUCAUUUCCAUAUUUAUUUAUUUAUUUAUUUAUUUUUUAAUGCAGGGAAAUAGUCAGAACUAGAUGUACUGCAUAGACAUGACCCACCACUCCAUGGAAAGUCUGGUUAUGUCUUCUUGUAUCCCCCACCCUCCCCACCUUAAAAAGAUGCUUUAUCAGAUUGGUAUAGAAUUGUCUCAAAUACUAGCAGGGGAAAGUAUGAUAUAAAAAACCCUGUGCAUUUUUUUCUGACAAUGCAAGCUUCAUGCACACAAUGUAUUUCAUUCUUAUCUUAGACUGAUAGGUGGUGUCUUGUGUAGCCUUACAACUCCUAGCCAAGGUGUGUCCUCAUAUAUCAAGCAUGCCUUAUUUUGCCAGAAGUGUGACAUGUAAUUGAACGCUUAUGGGAUAUGCACUUUGAGUUGGAAGAUAAAUACAGUGGAACCUCUAUAUAACGAAGUCCUUGGUAUAACGAUCGAUUUUCUUGACCUCAGUAAUAGUAAAAUAUAUGAUAAAACCUCGAUAUAAUGAAACUUCAUUACAUAAUUAUAGUGAACACAUUUUGCCAGUCCUGUGGCCCUUUGUUAAAUCGAUGUUCCACUGUUAUGAAUAACAGCCUGAACAAGAAAAAUAUUGUCAGGCCAAACAAGCCGAGUAAGAGUCCUCCUCUUUCUUUUCUCUUCCGCUGUUAUUUUCCCUGGCUUAUUUCUCAGUAAGGAGCUUGGCCCCAAGCUACAAUCGAACCUCCCGUAAAGCGACCACCCAAAAUGCAAAGACUUAGUGGUCGCUUAUGGGAGGUGGUUGUUUACAAGAAUCAAACCACAGGGGGCCUCUUCUAAGAAGGGGUCCAGGCACAUCUACUUUAUGGAAGAUAACUUACGACAUGUGUAGUUCCAUAUUAAAGUUCUUCAUCUAUGUAGCAUAGUGCACACAGAAAACAGAGAGAUCAGUGAAUGCAUUGCACUUAGUGGUCGCUUACAAGAGGUUAAAAAACAAUGGAAAAUCAUUAAAUGGCCGCGGUCCCUUACAGGAGGUGGUCGUUUACCAGGGGUUCCAGCUGUAAGGCUUUGACUGGAAAAAUUUUGGUGUAUGGGAGGUUGAUGCUUACGAGAGGUGGUCACACAUGGAGGUUCAACUGUAUUACAGUUGACUCUCUCUUAAUGGACACUCUAUAAGAUGGACACCUUGGUAAAACAGGCACACAGAGUUGGUCCCUACCUUUCUUUUAACCUUUAUUUGACUCUCUAUAAGACAGACAUUACUCUUAGACGGACACUAAUGCCAUUCUCCAAGGUGUCUGUCUUAGAUAGAACUUACUGUAUAGCCAAACAUGCUUCUGAAGCGCCUAUUUUUGUCAGCAACUAUUAAUUUUUGUCUUUUUUCCUGUAGGCAUUUGGUGAAAUCUGCUUAUUGUGGUUAAACAUUGCGGGAUGUGUCUACACAUUCUAUCCUAUCAACAAAUUUGCAGCAGGCUUAAUGUUGCCUUACCUAGGCUGGGUUACUCUUGCUACAGCACUAAACUACACCAUCUGGCAAAUGAACAAGCCUGCUAUUAAAGAAGAGUGAUAUUAUACAACUUCCACCAACAAGUUAUCAUAAAUCACUGGUGAAAGGAGCUGUAACGGAUGGGUCAAGCCGCUUGUACUGUUUAAAUAAAUGACAAAAAACAACCAAGAUCUCUUUAAGUUUAUUUUAUUCAGAGAAGCUUUACUUUUUUAUUCCAGUUAUUUGUAAUGCAUGUACUCUUGUUAAAACUUGUAAAGAUUAUAUUGAUUUCAUUUAUUUUUAAUUCUUUAACUGACGAUGAGAGUGAUAAAAAUCAUUACUUGGGUUUUCAAACUUCUUAUGUAAAAACAUAAGGGUAACUACCUAGCUAGUAUAAAUUAAAAGAAUAAUAAAAAAUAAAAUAAAAAUAGGGUUAAGUUUUAAGAUCAUGAUCGGAGAAAAGGAUAUGUAAAAUUUAGUAAUUAUUCAUCAUAGGUAUGGC